CCCCCUUCUGAAAUUCAUCAGUACACACAGUUCCUUUUCUUUCUUAUGUAAAAAGAACAGAACGUUGGCUCAUGAAACGAGGCUGAUGUCCUUCCCUUUUCUUCUUUGGAUUAUUGCUUGUACUACCUUCAUAUUCACAUAUAUAUAAAAAAGUUAAAAAUGAUGGGUCAAUUUGAAUUAUAGAGUGGGCACUCACUCAAUCUCUGAUACUCUUUUUCUUUCAUUUUACCCCUUUUCUUUUCUUUUUUGGUUCUGUCAUCAAAAUUCUUCAUCUCGUUUCUUAUUUAAACACUUCUUCGUCUUUCCAUUCCCUUUAACCUUUAAAACCCAUAUCCACUUUUUAACUGAAAAAAGAUGGGCAGCUUUCAAAUUUGGCACAGAAACAGAAACAAACAUGUUUCAAUUCUCUUGCUGUUCCUCUCUGUUUUCAUUCUCAUUCUUGUCACAUCCAUUGAAGGUAGGGGAAUUCAAGCAAUGGAGGGAGAAAGGAAGUCAGCAGAGACGGUGGCGGUAGCGACGGAGGAGGAGGAGGAGAAGAUGGGGAUGAUGAUGAGGAAUCAAAUAGGGUCAAGGCCACCAAGCUGUAGAAGGAAGUGUAUGGAAUGUGGAGGACAUUGCGAAGCAGUACAAGUACCAGUGGCAUUACAUGAUUCAAAUCAGAAUCAAAAAAAAGGAAGAAGAAGAAGAAGAAGUAGUAGGAGAUAUUUCUCUGAUCAUUCAAAACAUGAUGUUGCUUUAUCUAGUGAAGAUGAGACCUCUAAUUAUAAGCCUAUAAGCUGGAAAUGCAAAUGUGGAAAUUUCAUCUUCAACCCUUGAAUUUUGAUUUUCUUUCAUUUCUUCUUCUUUUUUUAAUAUAAACGGUAACUUGUAAAGAUCAAAAAGAUGGAAAAUCAUCACUUCUUCUCUUCCCAAGUUUCA